AUAUUUGUCCUUUCAUUUCUAAGCUGAUAUUUUAUUUAAUACUGUUUGAAACAAAUAAAUAAAAUUUACAAUAAAUUGUCGUUAAUUAUGUAUAUCUAAAGUCAUACAUGUGUCUUCUUAAUAUGUCUUUAAUACAUUUUCUCAGAACAAGUUACUUGCGCGCAAUAGUAACAAUAUUUAAACAAGUGACAUUAAUGAUAUUAGUAUAACUCCGUCACUUAUAAUAAAAAUAACUUGCAUAAUUUACAUAAGUACUUUUAUAUCCGAUAUCUUCUUUUUAUUUAUUACCAUGUUGCUCUGAUAUCUCGAUGUUUCUUAACUGACUGUAACGUUCGAAAAUGAUAGAAUAAUAAGACGAAACUCUCGUAUCUUGUUAUAAAAAUAUUAUAACAAUAACAUUAAUGAAUAAUUAUGUGAAAAUAACCAUAAAUAUCCAAAAAUACAAUACGAUUAACGUUCUAGCUAAAUGCGAAACGAACAAACACAAUUUGUUAUUACACGUAACUCGUCUACUUUGCGUUUCGUUAUAUGUAAAUACGAAACAUUUAAGUAUUAAAAUAUCGUUUGCGCAGAAUAACAAUGCAAGUAUAAUUGGGAUAUUUUAAAAUUCGAAAUAACAUCAACUUGAAUAAAGCACAAAACUUUUGACAAGUUGUAAAAACACAGCAGGAUACACUAAUUACGAGAGCUUCCGCGAACGAAUGUCAAUACCUAUGGCCACAUUGGAAAUUGACGACCAUCAUAUCGCGCAAAGAAAAUAAACGGAAAUAAAAAUAUGUCUGCGGAAAGAAAUAUUCGCCGUUGCAGAUGUCGAUGUUUAAUUUUCAUUCAAGUAUAAAAGCAACGACUCCGUCACCGUACUGCAGCAGUCCGAAAAGGAAACAGCUAACCAUGAAGAUCACGUUGUUGUUGUUGGCAGUAUUCGUCUGCGUGCAGUUAGCGAUCGCAGGCGUGAAUAUAGAAGCCAGAAAGGAAGCGGAUGCGUCUGCAGAAAGCUCCGGAUCGAAGAGUUCCCAAGUGGAGAAAAAGGAAGAAGCAUCGCAAAGCUCUUCGGCUUCUAAAUCGUCAAAUGAAAAAGAAAGUUCGAAAAGCGGCGGAGGCAUAGAAAUCAGCGGAGGCGUAGAAAGCGGCGGAAAUUGGAAAAACGGUGGAAGCUCGGGAAGCGGCGAGAAAUGGAAAAACGGUGAAAGCUCGGAAAACGGCGGCAAAUGGAAUAACGGUGCAAACUCGGAAAGCGGCGAAAAAUGGAAUAACGGCGGAAAUUCGGAAAACGGCGCAAAGUGGAAUAACGGUGCAAGCUCGGAAAACGGAGAAAAAUGGAAGAACGGUGGAAGCUCAGAAAGCGGCAAAAAUUGGAAGAACGGCGGAAGCUCGGAAAGCGACAAAAAUUGGAAGAACGGUGAAAGCUCCGAAAGUGGCAAAAAUUGGAAGAACGGUGGAAGCUCGGGAAGCGGUGAGAAAUGGAAAAACAGUGAAAGCUCGGAAAACGGCGGAAAAUGGAAUAACGGUGCAAGCUCGGAAAGCGGCGAAAAAUGGAAUAACGGCGGAAAUUCGGAAAACGGCGCAAAGUGGAAUAACGGUGCAAACUCGGAAAGCGGAGAAAAAUGGAAGAACAAUGGAAGCUCGGAAAACGGCAAAAAAUGGAAUAACGGUGGAAAUUCCGAAAGUGGCGAAAAUUGGAAUAACGGUGGAAGCUCCGAAAGCGGCAAAGAUUGGAAGAACGGUGGAAGUUCGGAAAGCGGCGAAAAUUGGAAGAACGAUGGAAGCUCGGAAAGCGGCAAAAAUUGGAAGAACGAUGGAAGCUCGGAAAGCGGAAAAAAUUGGAAGAACGAUGGAAGCUCGGAAAGCGGCAAAAAUUGGAAGAACGAUGGAAGCUCGGAAAGCGGCAAAAAUUGGAAGAACGAUGGAAGCUCGGAAAGCGGCAAAAAUUGGAAGAACGAUGGAAGCUCGGAAAGCGGCAAAAAUUGGAAGAACGAUGGAAGCUCGGAAAGCGGCAAAAAUUGGAAGAACGAUGGAAGCUCGGAAAGCGGCAAAAAUUGGAAGAACGGUGGAAACUCGGAAAGCGGCAAAAAUUGGAAGAACGGUGGGAACUCGGAAAGCGGCGGAAAAUGGAAUAAAGGUGGAAACUCGGGCAGCGGCGAAAAUUCGAAGAACGGUGGAAGCUCCGAAAGCGGCAAAAAUUGGAAGAACGACGGAAGCUCGGAAAGCGACAAAAAUUGGAAGAACGGUGGAAGUUCGGAAAGCGGCAAAAAUUGGAAGAACGACGGAAGCUCGGAAAGCGACAAAAAUUGGAAGAACGGUGGAAGUUCGGAAAGCGGCGAAAAUUGGAAGAACGAUGGAAACUCGGAAAGCGGCAAAAAUUGGAAGAACAGUGGAAACUCGGAAAGCGGCAAAAAUUGGAAGAACAGCGGAAGCUCGGAGAGCGGCAAAAAUUGGAAGAACGGCGGAAGCUCGGAGAGCAACGAGGGCUGGAAAAACAGUGAAAGCGGAAAGAAAGACGAAAACUCGAAAAACAGCGAAAGUUGGAAGAGCAACGAAAGCUCGAAGAACGAUGGCAGCUGGAAGAGCAGUGGAGAAUCAGAGAAGUGGAAAGAUGGUAAAGUAGUGGUGGAAGGCAGCGUUAGUAUAAACUGGGCAGAUAUCAAAGAGCAGGUUAGCAACAUUGCUACAUCCUUAGAAGAGGGUGGUAACCUCAAGGCUGUAUUGAAAAUAAAGAAAGGAGAAAAGAAAAUUUCAAGUUUGGAGGAAAUCAAGGAGAAAAUCCGUAUAUUACUGAAAUGGAUUGAAGAAGGCAAAGAUACUAACAGCCUAUUAGAUUUGAAAGAGGGUAGCAAGGAUAUUGCGUCGUUGGAAAAAAUCAAAGAAAAGAUCCUUUUGAUCGUUAAGUUAGUGAAUGAAGGAAAAGACACUAGUGGUCUUUUAGAUUUAGAAGCAAGUGGCAAAGUAAUUCUAGAAUUGCAAAGCGCCAUAGAAGAGGUUCUCGCAAAGUCAGAAAAGAUAACCAAAGUAUCUGAAGCUCUUUCCGGUUUACUAAAAAGCAAAACUGUCUCGGACAUAAAACCGCUUCAAGCAGUAAUUCCUUUAAUCCUUGAAUUGCAAAAAUCAGGCGUUAACCUUAGUACUUUAAACAAGUGGUCCGCCACUAGCGUAAGUGCUAUAGACAUAGAACGCGUCACGAAAACGGUUCCAGUGCUCCUUCAAUCCAUGAAAGGAGGCGUAGAUGUUCAGAGCCUUUUGAGUGCGAAAGAUGCAAAGAAACUUGGCAUUAGUGCUUUGGACUUGCAGGCUGUUCAAGGAGCUCUCGGCGUGAUUGGAAAACUAAGUUCAGGUGGUGCGUUGAACCUAAAUGGCUUGUUGAACUUGAAAGGUGGCGCUAGUGUGUUAGGUGCAGGAAAGGUCGGAGGAUUAAUUUCUUUACCGAAACUUUAAGAGAUAAACCGAUAAAGGCAGAUAUAUUCUCGGAAUAUUUUUUUUGGAAGUUGAAUAGUCCAUAAAACAAUUAUUUCUGAUAAUUAUAAUUUAGCCUAAAAUAUUAAAUAAAAUGGAGAAAUAUAUGAGAAAUAAGGUUCAAAUAUAUAAAUAAUAAGUUUUAAUUUAUAUGUAAUGUGUUGGGAAGAAAUUUCUCUAAUAACAAGUUGAAUUUAUAAUUUAUCGAUAUAUUGUAAACACGGAACUUGUACUUGUUCAAAGAAAGUUCUAAUAUAAUACAGAAGAAUUAAG